AUGAGGAGCUUCGCUUGGUUUAAGCCGAAUCAAAUCCGCAUUCCGAUUCGCCCAUUCACUGGCGAAUGUGGUGUGGCACGAGGUUUGCCAGGAUCUUUCUCCACAAUACCUCCCUAUCGCACUGGGGGUAACAUUGAUACAAAAUAUUUAACCAAAGGAUCCAAACUAUAUCUACCAAUUGAAUGUGAAGGUGCACUCUUUAGUAUUGGCGAUGGGCAUGCGGCACAAGGAGAUGGCGAAGUAUGUGGUACAGCAAUCGAAACACCAGUAGUCGUGUCAGUUCGUUUGACUGUAAUACGUGGCGAAUCUGUUAGUCAUGUUACAAGUCCAUGUUUGUUAACACGAACGGAAGAUCGAUCAUCGACACGUUAUUAUUCUGUAUUAGGUAUUGCGGAUGAUAUGCGCGAAGCAACGAAACAGGCAGUUCGACAAAUGAUUGCUUACUUGGUGCAAAAUAAACAAUUGACAAGAGAAGAAGCAUAUAUGUUAUGUUCGGUUGCAGUUGAUAUUCGUGCCACACAAGUUGUUGAUAUGCCCAAUUAUACAGUUGGUGCAUUUUUACCAUUGAACAUCUUCGCUAACGUGGAGACAAAAUAG